AAACCAAAUCCCUUUUUUUCUUUUGCCCGCCCCAAGCAUGGAGCUCAGGCUGCGUCUGCUCCUCGCCACUGGGCUGUUCCUAAUCCUGCUCCUCAAUGCCAGCUGGUGCUCCGCCUCCUCCUCCUCCUCCUCCGACUCGAGCAGCGACAAUAGUGCCACCAAUGCAAUGCUGGGCGGCAGCGAUUAUUCCUCACUGCUGGCCGCAACCCAGUGGCCAGUGGCAGCUGCCUCAUUGCCACCAGCGCCAGCGGCACACAGCGGACCCACCAAUCAAUGCACCUGGACAUACAAUGGGACGAGUGCGGUGCACUGUGCACUGCGACUGAUUGAGCGACAGCCCGGCUUGGAUUUACAGGGUGCCGAUGGCAGCAGUCAGCUGACCAUCAAAUGCAGUGAUUUGUAUCUCUUUGAAUCCCAGUUGCCGGUGGCAAUCUUUGCCAGGCUGCAAACGUUGGAAACGCUACGUGUGGCAUCCUGCAAACUGCUGCAGUUGCCCAACAAUGCCUUCGAGGGAUUGAGCACACUGAAAUCACUCGCGUUGAGCACAAGGAACGCCGACUGGGCGCCAUCCAAAACACUCGAACUUUAUCCGGAUUCGCUGAAUGGUUUGAAACAGUUGACGGAACUCGAUUUGAGUGAUAACAAUUUGAGAGCGUUGCCAGCUGGCUUCCUGUGCCCCGUGGGCAACUUGCAGACACUGAAUUUGACCAGGAAUCGCAUAAGGACAGCGGAGCAAUUGGGCUUUGCGGACAUGAACUGUGGCAGCGGCAGCAGCAGCAACGGUGGCGGUGGCGGUGGCAGCGGCAGUGAGUUGCAACUGCUCGACGCGAGUCACAACGAGUUGCGUACGAUCACCGAGAGCUGGGGCAUCUCACGGCUGCGACGCUUGCAGCACUUGAAUCUGCAGCACAACAACAUCUCGGAGCUGUCGGGCGAGGCGUUGGCAGGCCUCGCCUCGUUGCGCAUUGUGAAUCUGAGCAACAAUCAUCUGGAAACGCUGCCCGAGGGUCUCUUUGCUGGCAGCAAGGAACUGCGAGAGAUUCACCUGCAGCAAAACGAGCUCUACGAGCUGCCCAAGGGUCUGUUCCAUCGGCUGGAACAGUUGCUUGUGGUUGACUUGUCGGGCAAUCAGCUGACCUCGAAUCAUGUGGAUAACACAACGUUUGCCGGCUUGAUUCGCCUGAUUGUCCUGAAUCUGGCUCACAAUGCUUUGACCCGCAUCGAUUAUCGCACUUUUAAGGAGCUGUAUUUUCUGCAAAUUUUGAAUUUGCGCAACAAUUCAAUUGGACACAUCGAGGACAAUGCCUUCUUGCCUUUGUACAAUCUGCACACUUUGAAUCUGGCCGAGAAUCGCUUGCACACCUUGGACGAUAAGCUCUUCAAUGGCCUCUAUGUGUUGUCCAAGUUGACGCUGAACAACAAUCUGAUUAGUGUUGUGGAGCCGGCUGUGUUCAAGAACUGCUCGGAUUUGAAGGAACUGGAUCUGAGUUCGAAUCAGUUGAAUGAGGUGCCACGUGCCCUGCAGGAUUUGGCCAUGUUGCGCACCCUCGACUUGGGCGAGAACCAAAUACGCACCUUUGACAAUCAGAGCUUCAAGAAUCUGCAUCAGUUGACGGGUUUGCGGCUGAUUGAUAAUCAAAUUGGCAACAUUACAGUUGGCAUGUUUGCGGACUUGCCACGCCUGAGCGUCUUGAAUCUGGCCAAGAAUCGCAUCCAGAGCAUUGAGCGAGGUGCCUUCGAUAAGAACUAUGAACUGGAGGCAAUCAGAUUGGAUCGCAAUUUCCUAUCGGAUAUCAAUGGAGUGUUUGCCACGCUGGUCUCCCUGCUCUGGCUGAAUCUCUCCGAGAAUCAUCUGGUGUGGUUCGACUAUGCAUUUAUUCCAUCGAAUCUGAAGUGGUUGGAUAUACAUGGCAACUACAUCGAGGCGCUGGGCAACUACUACAAGUUGCAGGAGGAGAUUAGGGUGAAGACACUGGAUGCCAGCCACAAUCGAAUCACUGAAAUUGGACCCAUGUCGAUCCCAAACACGAUUGAGUUGCUCUUCAUCAAUAACAAUCUGAUUGGCAAUGUGCUGGCGAAUGCUUUUGUGGACAAGUCGAAUCUGGCACGCGUCGAUCUGUAUGCGAACCAGUUGAGUAAGUUGCAGCUGCAACAGUUGCGCAUUGCACCGGUUGUGGCACCCAAACCACUGCCCGAAUUCUAUCUGGGCGGCAAUCCGUUCGAAUGCGAUUGCACCAUGGAUUGGCUGCAGCGCAUCAACAAUUUGACGACACGGCAACAUCCGCGUGUCAUGGACAUGCCCAACAUUGAGUGUGUGAUGCCGCAUGCGCGUGGCGCCACCGUGCGUCCGCUGAGCGCGUUGCGUUCCCAGGACUUCCUCUGUCGCUACGAAUCGCAUUGCUUUGCCCUGUGCCACUGCUGUGAUUUCGAUGCGUGCGACUGCGAGAUGACCUGUCCCCACAACUGCACCUGCUAUCACGACCAGAUCUGGUCGACCAAUGUCGUCGACUGUGGCAAUCAGCUGACCAUGGAGCUGCCACGUCGCGUCCCCAUGGACUCCAGCAUUGUCUACUUGGACGGCAACAAUUUCCCCGUCUUGAAGAAUCACGCGUUCAUUGGACGCAAGAAUCUGAAAGCUUUGUAUGUGAAUGGUAGUCAGGUGGCAGCCAUACAGAAUCGCACGUUUGCCAGUCUGGCCACACUGCAAGUGCUGCAACUAUCCGACAAUCGGUUGCAGACGUUGCAUGGCUACGAAUUUGAACAGUUGUCCGCGUUGCGGGAACUGUAUCUGCAUAAUAAUCAGCUGGCGAACAUUGAGAAUGCCACGUUGGCACCGUUGACAUCGCUGGAGGUGUUGCGUCUCGAUGGCAAUCGACUGGUCACACUGCCCAUCUGGCAGCUGCAUGCCACACACUUUGGCCAGCGUCUCCGCGCCAUAUCUUUGGGGAGGAAUCAAUGGAGUUGUCGUUGUCAAUUCCUCCAGGCGCUGACCUCGUAUGUGGCAGAGAAUGCGCUGAUUGUGCAGGAUGCACAGGAUAUUUACUGCAUGGCUGCCCCAAAUGCAGGUGCCACAAAUGGUUACGAGCAGAGCAGCAGUGGCAGCGGCACUGGCAGCAGCAGCGAUCAACUUGCCACCCAGAAACGUGAGCUGGACUUCAAUGCAACCGGUGCGGCAUGCACCGAUUACUAUUCGGGUGGCUCGAUGUUGCAACACGGCAUACCCGAAUCGUAUAUACCACUGCUGGCGGCAGCAUUGGCCCUCGUCUUUCUGCUCGUCGUCGUCAUCAUGGUGUUUGUGUUCCGCGAAUCGCUGAGGAUUUGGCUGUUCGCCCACUACGGCGUCCGAGUGUUUGGGCCACGUUGCGAGGAGUCGGAGAAGCUGUACGACGCACUGCUGCUGCACUCGGCCAAGGACUCGGAGUUUGUCUGCCAGCAUUUGGCCAGCGAACUGGAAACGGGUCGUCCUGCGUUGCGUGUCUGCUUGCAGCAUCGGGAUCUCACUUUGGGCCACGAUGCCACACAUUAUCAGCUGCUCGAGGCGAGUCGCGUCUCGCGGCGAGUUGUCAUCUUGUUGACGCGUAAUUUUCUGCAAACGGAAUGGUCACGUUGCGAGCUGCGCAGAUCGUUGCACGACGCGUUGCGCGGCCGUCCACAGAAGCUGGUCAUCAUCGAGGAGCCCGAGGUGGCCUUCGAGGCGGAGAGCGACAUCGAAUUGUUGCCGUAUCUGAAGACGUCGGCGGUGCAUCGCAUUCGACGCACCGAUCGCCAUUUCUGGGAGAAGUUGCGCUAUGCUCUGCCCGUGGACUAUCCCACAUACAGGGGCAACAACUACACGCUGGACCACAAUCACGAGCGCAUCAAGCAGCCGGCGAGUCCGGGUCUGCUCUAUCGUCAGGCACCGCCGCCUGCGUACUGUGGUCCGGCGGAGGCAGCUGCCGCAGCAGCAGCUGUUGCUGCUGAGCAGAACUAUUCCACGGCUACGACAGCCACGCCCAGUCCACGACCACAACGACGCAGUGGCGGCGAUUGUGCAACAUCGUCAGCGGGUGCAGGUGGACAGCAUCAUCAUCAACAGCAACAACAGCAGCAGCAACAUUUGCAUGCACAGUAUUAUCAGCAUCAUGGUGGCAUGCGUCCCCCCUCGGAGCACAUCUAUUCGAGCAUCGAUUCGGACUACUCCACGCUGGACAACGAGCAGCAUAUGCUGAUGAUGCCAGCCGGAGCAAAUGCUGUUGCUGCUGCUGCUGCUGCACCGCUGCCCCCAAUCGAGGCGCAACGUGCACAAACCUGGCGACCACAGGCCAAGCAGCAGUUGCAAACGGCACAUGCGGGCACACUGAAUCCCACAACGGCGCUCAAAGUGAAUCCUCAACAGCAGCAACAGCAUCAGCAGCAGCAGCAUCAGCAGCAGCAGCAUCAGCAUCAGCAGCAGGCGAGUGUUUCCUCUUCUGCUUCUGGCCAGCAACAGGGACCACAUGUGCAGGCAUACCUCGUAUAGACGGCGAGAGUGGGGCGAGUGGGUAAAGAGACAUAGUCGAUGUUGGAGUCAGAGCUGGAGUCAGAGUUGGACUCCUGUGUGUGUCCACCUCGGGCAGCAGCAGCAGCAGCAGCAGCAGCAGCAGACAGUGACAGUGAUUUCUAUAGGGACUGGUUCCUGGUGCAUCAUUUUAAUUACUAAAAUAUGUGCGAGCUAAAAUUAAGAGAAAGAGACAGCAAAAGAGAGCAAAAGAGUGUGAGAGAGAGAGAGAGAGCGAGACAGAAAGAGAGAGAGAGAGAGAGAGAGUGAAAAUAUGACAGUCAGCUUGCUACACAGACAAAAAAACAUAUUUAAAUUGAUUUAAAUUUAAAAAAACAUUCACAAA